GUACAAAUGAAACUAAAAUGUUGUUUAAAAAUAAGCUGUAAUAACGAAGGAAUAAAUUCAAGCGUGCCACUCACAACCAGAGAGUGCCUUUUUCGGGAAUGAGGCUUGCAAUUCGUCCAGUUGAAUCCUGGGCCUUUAAAACAGUGUAAAUAUCGGAAACAGUUUGAAGAGCCCUGCAGAUAUUACUAUCCAUUUGAUGGGAGCAAAUGCAAAAAGUUUUUCGAAGCUUGGAAUAACAAAAUCUGAGCGUGAUAUACUAGUAUGGUGAGACUUACUGACCCACUGCUUUCAAAAUUUAAUCUUAAAUGAAUUGUCUAUUAUGGCUCGAGAGAUCAUUUCGAUUGAAAGUUUUAACGUUAGGGCCCGGUGUGUCUACUGCUGAGUUUACAAUUCUGUGCGCGUUGUUUUAGAGCGAGUCUAAUGUAAUAACCAAGGAUGCAAAUUACCGGCCUUUUAUUUGCGAGUUGGCGAUGACAAAGAGUAAAGUGUUACACGACACUCUCUGAACCCUUGGUAACAUACCAAGAAAUAUUUACAUUAGAUAACAAUUUUCCUUUCCAUAUUCAAUUUUUCAGGCAAUUUCAGGUUGAGAUGCAUAGAAGAGAUCACAAGGGCCAGGAGAAGUUUGGGUUGAACGAAAACAACAUUUCAGUCACCUGGGAAUUUACUUCGAAAGAUUUGAAUGUGUCGCUUUUCGGCUACUUUACCUCCAAAGAUGAAACCAUGAAAGUCAACCGUCACUCAAGAGAUAAUUCCGAAGAUAGUCCAGAAGUCCGCUUCAUAUGCGGAACAGCUGUUCCACUCAAGGUUGAGCUUCCAACCCAAAUUCCUGUGGGACUUCAACUCAUUGGAGCAAAAAUAAAGUCAGGAAUUCAUCAUGCCGUACUGUGUUCUUGCUCAUCGAUUACCAAGGGUACACGAUAUGGUCCUUACAAAGGAACGGCAGUUAAACCGUCAGAUACCGCCAAUGGUGGUGAUACCGCUUUUAUGUGGGAGGUGUUCAGUGACAGGGGAAUCAGCCAUUAUAUUGAUGGAAAAAACGAACGCGAAAACUGGAUGAAGUUUGUCAACUGUGCUAGACAUGAUGGCGAGCAGAACCUAGUGUUAGUUCAAGAUGGCGAACAGAUAUUUUACGAGAGUUGUCGGGAUAUUUCGAUGGGUGAAGAGCUGCUGGUUUGGUACGGUGAUUGCUAUUUCCAGACCAUGGGUAUUCCCGUCGGACUCAAAAUUGGUGCCUCAAAGAAUGAAAUUCGACAAAAGGAGUUGACAGAUCCGUCAACUGAAUAUUCAUGUGAACGUUGUGGUAAAGUGUUUGCCUACAAAUAUUACCGUGACCGCCACCUUAAAUACACCCGAUGCGUUGAUCAAGGCGAUCGUAAGUUCCCGUGUACUGUCUGUAAUCGAUCCUUUGACAAACGAGAUCGGCUUCGUAUCCACGUCCUCCAUGUUCACGAAAAGCACCGUCCCCAUCAGUGCACAGAGUGUGGAAAACGCUUCUCUCAGUCAUCCAGCCUCAAUAAACACAUGCGGGUUCACAGCGGAGAAAGACCUUACAAGUGUCCACAUUGUGUUAAAGCGUUUACCGCUUCCUCCAUUCUCCGGACACACAUUCGUCAACACAGCGGAGAAAAGCCGUUCAAGUGCAAGCACUGCGAACGUGCAUUUGCGUCACAUGCAGCACAUGACAGCCAUGUGCGCCGCACCCACACGAAGGAAAAGCCUUGUGUUUGUGAAUAUUGCGGCAAGGCCUUUGCACAAUCUUACGAACUUAAGUUUCAUAUCAACAUGCACACAGGAGCCAAGCCCUACACCUGUGAGAAGUGUGGCAGGGCAUUUUCAAGUCCUUCAUCACGUGACCGACACCGCGCUAAUUUUGACUGCAUCACAAGAAAGAAUCGAGCGCCAAAAGUCAUGCGCAAGAACCAACUUUCAAAUGUACCAUGAAUUUUGACUGUUUAAAACUAGGAGUUGACGAAAUGAAUCGUGUAUAUUUAAAGAAGCUACGUUAAAAGUAACUGCUUACCACUAAUGUCAGCCACUCAUAUAUUUUGUAAGAAUUUUGUAUUUAUCUCUGAAUGAACGAAUAGCUGUUAAUUGUGCGAGUGCACAUUUGAUGUUCAUUUGAUGGCUUAUUCCGCUUUCCCCCAGUUUUGCAGGAUUUGUACUCGUCAUUUCCAUACUGAAUUUACUUUUAGGUCACUAAUUUAAUCUGUUCUUUCCAUUACUUUAAUCGAUCGUUGUAAAUGUAAAAAUGACACCAUAAUAUCGAUAUAACUGAAUGGAAAGAAAAAGGGAAGGAAGCCAGCACGUUGUGUCGUGCAAGCAUCAUCGAGGCCCAUUAGGCUUUACGUGUACACAGGGUAUUGUAAAAAGGUUUAAUAGGAUAUUGAUCGUAAAUUUUGUGCACGAGAUUCAAUAACGCUCUAGGAGAAGAUUGUCAAAAUAAAACAAAUUAAUAAUC